UUCUGCCCGUCAGUGGUCACAUAUCGCACCAGGCUGCAACAUCCACUAAACCAAGAGCUCCACCGCCAUGGCCAUCACUGACUUUCUCGCAGUCUCGGACAUCACUUCGGCUAUUAAUGCUUGUAAAGCAAAGGAUUCCUUCAGCCCAAAGAUGUUUUUCAAAACAGUGGGUUUAUCCAAGAAAACUCCAUCUGAGAUCGAGAGGGUCUUUAAGAUUUUGGACCAGGACAAAAGCGGCUACAUAGAACAGGAUGAGCUACAACUGUUCCUGCAGAACUUCUCCAAAGGAGCGAGGCCUCUGACCGCAGCUGAGACCAGAGGUUUCCUGCUGGAGGGAGACUCAGACGGAGACGGGAAGAUCGGCUGGGAAGAGUUUUCAGCACUGGUCAAGUCCUCAUAAAACAUGUGUGGCCUCUUGUUAUAUGGUGAUAAUCUCAGGGUGGACUUCUUUUUAUAUAUUCAAUAUUUAGCUACAGUAAAUUACAGGGUCUUAUGUUCAGAGUAAUAAGUUGUAGUAUUAACAGAAAGUAAUGUAAUAAAGUCAUUCCAAAAAUUAAAUCUUUACUCUCUGCUAUGUGUCUUUCCCUGCCAUAAAAGUGUUCGAAUAAAUAUAAUUUUCUCUGAAAGAUUAAA